AUGGCAGAAGCCGAAGUCAAUGGAGAGCAACCGCUGAGCGCAGGUCGUCUGCGCCAAGUUGCCCUCUCCAGCUCCACCAAGAGGCGCUCUACUGAGCUGCUCUCGCUGCACGACAAGAUCGUCAGCAAAGAAUACCCUCUUGAGCAAAUACCCAAUGCUCUCAAUGUCCUCUUCGACACAUAUCCUCUUUACGUCGACACACAAUCACGACAGGCCGUCGAGCUGUGCCUCGUCGCCAUAUUCUCUACACCUGAUACCGAAUCAUAUGUGUCUAGCUUCAUCGCCGCUGUCGAAACCGAAACUAAGAAGACCAGUCUUGCUCCAGCCAAUGCCUUCGUCUUGAUCCGCUGGUGCACUCUAUUCCUCCAGCAAUUCGCUUUGCAGAAGUCUCUCUGGGAUGAGUGGGGCAUUAAAAUCAUUCAAGCCCUGGUUCGUGUUACGAACACCUUCGAGAGUGCGAAUCCUCGCCACAGCACACAUCAGACCGUCCUUCGUGUCACUCGCCGCGGCUUUAGAAAACUCUUUGCAUCUGACUUCGGAGACGACGCCUUGAACCAAUCGAUUACUGCUCUUACCACAAAGGCUGCUACUCCUACUCCUCAAAAUGCUCUGGUGCUCGGAAUAAUAGCUGGAGUCAGUGCUCGCUUGUCGAAGCGCAGCGCCACCUUUGAGACCAGGAAGCCUGAUUACAAUGCCUUUUACCUCCGCGAGUUCAUUGGAUCGCGAGUUGUCCUUCCUCAGUUCGUUGCAACCGCUUUGAUUGACUACUUCAACUCGUUCGUCAGCCUGGAGGACCUUAAAAAGGAGAUCAUUCCUGCUAUCGAGAAGGCGCUCCUGAGAGCCCCUGAGAUUGUCUUGAACGAUCUUGUCACUCCCAUGAUUGAAGCCUUGCCUAAGGAUCUGGACUUGUCCGACAUCCUGGCCAACAACCUCUUGAAGCCUCUUGUUUCGAGCGCGAAGUCCAGCAACACCACUAUCCGUGCAGGUGCUUUGAGAACCUUUGCUGCAACCGCGCGUCGUUCGCAAGACGAUAAGCUCCUUGAAAAAGUACUUGGCGAGAUUUUGACUCCUUUGAAGACCGGUAAGGUACCAUCGGCCGACCAAAAGAUCAUCUUUGCACAGAUGCUCGGCGCCUUGAACAGUUCCGAAGCUUUAGCUGCAUCGAUUCCACAGGGCCUUGCACCAGUCGCCGCAAAAGAGCCAAAUGAAGCUGCUGCAAGCGCGGAAAUUGCUGCGCUUUCUAAGCACUUGAAGUUCGGCCUCGAGAACGGUGUCGCUGUUAAUGCUGCUACCACUGAUGCUUACGCUAAAGGUGUCGCUGAGAAACGUCUUCCUUUCCGAAAGUUGUGGACCUUGAGCAUUACAGAUAUCGUCUGGUCGCUCGAGGGAGAAGUCCUAAAGCAGCCCGGAGUUGCAGCCCUCGUAGACGCAGUAAUCGGCAAAAUGAUCGAUUCGUUCAACGAAGUAGUCGCAAAUCCCGUCGCUGCCACACAAAAUGGACAAGUCACCCUUGCUUGUGCCGUUACUGCCCUUUCAUUAGCAAAAGCACCUCAGCUCGUGGAGUUGAAGAAUGCAUCGAUCCUGAAGACUGCUUCAAUUCUGGAUCGUGCCGUUGCACUAGAGCCCAAGCCCUCUUUCCUCCUCAACACUCGUGUUUACACGAAGCUGACUUCGCAGGAGGAUCUGGUAUGGCUGGUAAGAGCACUCGCUGCGACCACCUCCGGUAUUGCUUCCUCUAGCCCGGCAAUUCAAGAUGCUUGGGCUCAAGCAUUUAUCUACCUUAUCGUUGCAUCUGGCUUGCCGGCCACCGCUCGCUCUGAGGCCAUGUCUCAGCUGCGCACAGCUUAUCUAGCCCAGCCUGAGGCAGUUGGAAAGACUGUCACCGUAGCUUUGUCUCACUGGUCCGCAGACGUUGAGCUCGAGACAAAGGAGAGCGCAGCUCUACUUGCUAAGACUGGCCGACAAGAGCUUCACAAGGUUGUGCGUUGCAUCUGCCAUACAAAGGAAGAAGUCGCCGCAGGCCAGGCCACAAUUGCACAGGAUGUUGUAGAUCACCAGUUGCUCAACCUGCUCGUAUUGUGUCGACCUGAGCUCAUGCCUAGAUCUUCCUGGAUCGAGACUUGUCUCAGGACAGGCACUGACCCUGGUGAGCUCGUCAAGCGGAGCAAGUCAGAGUGUAUGAACCAGAUCAUUCGUGUGACCGAAGACAAAACGCUCUCUACCAUCCCUGCUUUCCAACUCGCUGCCUUCCAGGCGACUGCGGAUUUAGCAUUUGUGGCCCCAGAAGAGCUGACAUCCAUUGUCCUAGAACAGAUCUGCAGCGAUCUGGACCCCGGAUUACUCCAGGACAUUGGUCCAACUGAAGCUGCGAUCUUCCGUACACCGGAAGGUACUGCUUUCAUUGAUGUCCUUGCGAAGCAAACUCAAGCGCAAGCUCCAAGCAAGAACAGCAAAGACUAUGAUACAUACAAGUGGGAGCAGGAGCUGAGGGAUCAGCUGGCUCAGAAGAAGGGUACCACGAAAAAGCUCACUGCUGAAGAACAAGCGAAGGUGAAUGCUCAACUUACGAAGGAAGCCGAAAUUCGUGGCAACGUGACAACAGUCGUAGCCAAACUGAGGAGAGGUAUUGGCAUGGUAACGGGUCUCGUCACCGGCCCCCCAACCGAGACUGCCAACUGGUUCACUGUCACGACAGCUCGCUUGUUUGAGGUCAUCAACGCUGGAGCGGGUCUCGUCCUUGGCGAUGCUGCUAUCCUCGCCUAUCUCGAGUGUGCUCAGAAGACUUCUUCUCGCUUGGGUCCCAUGCGCUCAUUUGUAGGUGUUGCAGCUUUGAGGGCUGCCGGUCUGACCACUCUUCCCGAAGCCAUGCAGGAAGAACCUCUUGGUGAUUUGGUGACUCGUGUACUCUACCGCCUACGCUUCCUCGGCGAACAAAGACCCCUUGACGCAGUCACUCUAAGCUAUUGUCUUCCCCUCUCCUUCUUGAUUCUAGAACAGGGUGGUGUUGGCAAGGCUGAGGAGGAGGAAGCGCAAGAACAGAUCAUUCUCGCUGCUGAAUUCCUUAGCUUCCAUGCCGACACUUGUAGCGAGCCUCGUUUGGCUCGCAAGGAGGUUCUUUCGGUUCUGGUUUCUUCCCUGCAGGCUUACCAACAGCAUUUCCGUCUUUUCAAGGACUGUUUCUCCGAUGUCUGCAGAAGCGUUGCGCCCAACGCUACCGAAGCUGAGACCGACGUGGUGGUCAAGGCUACCAUUGUGCCUGAAUCCUCUGUUCGCGAAGUAGCUCUACAAGCCAUCAGUGCUGAGUUCGAACUGUCAGGUAAAGAAUUCUACGACGAGAUCUUCCUCGCCACUCACGAUGAUGUCGAGGAGAACGUCGAGUUGGCACAUGAGAUCUGGGUUGAGAACGAACUCAAGACAGCACCAGAAUCAGCCGACUCCAUCGUUAAAUAUCUGGCUUCUCAUGAUAUUCAGCUUCGCCGUGCUGCUGCACGAUCAUUAGCCGCACUCGUCAAGGAGCACUCAGAUAUUCUGGACACUGUCAUCUCCCGUCUUCAAGACACAUACAGGGAAGACGCAAAGCCAAGAGCGCCUCAGCGCGACAAGUACGGCAUGCCCAUUAAGAUGGAUCUCUCCGACCCCUGGCAAUCCAGACAGGGUAUUGCUCUUGCAUUCAACCAGCUUACACCAACAUACAACAGUGAACAGCUUGUACCGCUCAUGCAAUUCAUGGUCGCAGAUGGUCCUUUGGGAGACAAGAGUGUGACGGUCCGCGAUUCUAUGCUUGAUGCUUCUACUGCCAUAAUCGCUGCCAAGGGCAACCUGCAAGUCGAAACCUUGAUGAAGCUGUUCGAGACUACUCUUGAAGGAGGCUCUCUCUCUUCGACUCAAGAUGCAGUGAACGAGGCUGUCGUUAUUCUCUACGGUGCUCUUGCUCGUCAUUUGAAGUCUGGUGACAGCAGAGUACCCAAGGUUGUACAGCGUCUCUUGACAACGCUCAAUACACCUUCCGAGUCCGUCCAAUACGCUGUCGCUCAAUGUUUACCUCCCCUCGUUCAAGCCUCCAGCAAGGAAGCUGGGCAAUAUGUCCAGCAGAUGAUGGAUACCACGCUCACAUCCAAGAAAUAUGCCGCCAAGAGAGGUGCAGCGUAUGGUCUGGCUGGUAUCGUCAAGGGCAGAGGUGUGUCUGCUCUCCGCGAGUUCCGCAUCAUGUCGAACUUGGUCAGUGCUACUGAAGACAAGAAGGAUCCCUACAAGCGCCAAGGUGCGUUCCUUGCCUAUGAGCUCUUGUCCCUCAUCUUGGGCCGUGUCUUCGAGCCCUAUGUCAUUCAAGUUGUGCCACAACUCUUGUCCGGCUUUGGUGAUGCCAUUUCCGACGUUCGUGAGGCAUGUCUCGAUGCUGCCAAGACAUGUUUCGCCAGUUUGAGCUCUUAUGGUGUCAAGCAAGUUCUUCCUACUCUGCUUGAGGGUCUUGAUGAACAGCAAUGGAGAAGUAAGAAGGGUGCCUGUGAUUCCCUCGGUGCCAUGGCAUAUCUGGACCCCGAGCAAUUGGCAGUCAGCUUGCCCGAAAUCAUUCCGCCAUUGACUGAGGUUCUGAACGACAGUCACAAAGAAGUCAGAGCAUCUGCCAACCGCAGUCUGCAGCGCUUCGGUGAUGUCAUCAGCAACCCUGAGAUCAAGAGUCAGGUCGACAUCAUUCUGAAGGCUUUGAGUGAUCCUACCAAAUACACCGACGAUGCUCUGGAUGCUUUGAUCAAGGUCAACUUUAUCCAUUACCUCGAUGCCCCAUCGUUGGCACUUGUUGUCCGCGUUCUUGAGCGUGGUCUGGGAGAUCGUUCUCAAACAAAGAAGAAGGCCUCCCAGAUCAUUGGUAGUUUGGCCCAUCUUACCGAGCGUAAGGACCUCAUCACCCAUCUGCCCAUCCUGGUUGCUGGUCUCAGAGUCGCUAUCGUCGAUCCUGUUCCUACCACUCGUGCAACAGCUUCCAAGGCCCUUGGUUCGACUAUCGAGAAACUUGGUGAGGAUGCUAUGCCCGACCUCAUUCCUAGCCUUAUGGCAACCCUCAAGUCAGAUACCGGUGCUGGUGACAGACUUGGUUCUGCUCAGGCUCUCAGUGAAGUCCUUGCUGGUCUUGGUACCAGUCGUCUCGAAGAGACUCUGCCCACAAUUCUGCAGAACAUCUCGAGUUCCAAGCCCGCCGUCCGCGAAGGAUUCAUGUCGCUGUUCAUUUACCUGCCUGCAUGUUUCGGAAACAGUUUCUCGAACUACUUGUCCAAGAUUAUUCCUCCAAUCUUGUCUGGUCUUGCCGAUGACGUUGACACAAUUCGCGAGACUGCUCUGCGUGCCGGUAGAUUGUUGGUCAAGAACUUCGCCACUCGUGCUAUCGAUCUCUUACUUCCCGAGCUUGAACGUGGUCUGGCAGAUGACAGCUACCGUAUUCGUCUCAGUUCCGUUGAGCUCGUCGGUGAUCUGCUCUUUAACCUUUCCGGUAUUAGUGGAACCGCAGAGCAAGAGGAGGCUGAAGAGGGUGCCAACGAAGCAGGUCAAUCUUUGCUUGAGGUACUCGGAGAAGAGAAGCGUAACAAGGUUCUCUCCGCAUUAUACAUCUGUCGCUGCGAUACCUCCGGUCUUGUACGAACCGCUUCCAUCAAUGUCUGGAAGGCACUUGUUGCCUCACCCCGUACUCUUCGCGAGCUCAUCCCCACCCUCACCCAGCUGCUUAUUCGUCGUCUCGCAAGUCCCAACAUGGAGCAGAAGGAGAUUGCUGGCAACGCUCUGGGCGAGCUUAUCAGAAAGGCUGGAGAAGGUGUUCUUUCAACCUUGUUGCCUACUCUUGAGGAGGGUCUGCAGACUACCGAUGUGGAUGCCAAGCAGGGUAUCUGUAUCGCUCUGCGUGAGCUGAUCGCUUCGGCCUCUCCCGACGCACUCGAGGAUCACGAGAAGACUCUUGUCUCAGUUGUGCGCAUUGCAUUGGUCGACGGUGACGAGGAGGUCAGGGAAGCCGCCGCAGAGGCGUUCGACUCUCUGCAAAAAGUCCUUGGCAAGCGCGCAAUCGACCAAGUCCUCCCAUACCUACUCAACCUGCUCAGGUCAGACGAGGACGCAGAGAACGCGUUGUCUGCUCUGCUUACUCUGCUCACCGAGCAGACCAGAUCCAACGUCAUCUUACCCAAUCUGCUCCCUACUCUCCUUACCCCUCCGAUCACUGCAUUCAAUGCAAGGGCUUUGGCCUCUCUCGCUCAGGUUGCAAGCUCUGCUAUGACAAGAAGGUUGCCAAACAUUCUCAAUGCACUUAUGGACAGCGUUCUCGCAACAAAAGACGAAGAGCUCCGUACCGAUCUCGAGAACUCCUUCGAUGCUGUGUUGCUAUCGAUUGAUGAGUUCGAUGGCCUCAAUACAGCCAUGAGUGCCAUGCUCGCACUGACGAAGCACGAGGAUCACCACAGAAGAGCACGUGCCGACUUGCACCUUGCCAAGUUCUUCAAGACAUCUGAUCUUGACAUCUCACGCUACUACCCCGACCUUAUCCGCACGCUUCUCAUCAGCUUCGACGACAGUGAUGUCGAGGUUGUCAAGGCUGCUUGGUCUGCACUUUCUGCACUCACUGGACGCUUGCGCAAGGAGGAGAUGGAAUCCCUGGUCUUCUCUACCAGGCAAACACUCAAUCAAGUUGGUGUUGCAGGCCACAGUCUACCCGGUUUCUCGCUUCCCAAGGGUAUCAAUGCCGUCCUGCCUAUCUUCCUGCAGGGUCUGAUGAACGGAUCUGCCGAACAGCGUACCGCGUCUGCAUUGGCUAUCUCAGAUAUCAUCGACCGUACCAGUGCUGAUUCUCUCAAGCCUUUCGUCACUCAGAUCACCGGUCCUCUCAUUCGUGUUGUGUCUGAGCGUUCGGUCGAGGUAAAGGCUGCUAUCUUGUUCACUCUUAACAACCUGCUCGAGAAGAUCCCUACUUUCCUCAAGCCCUUCUUGCCGCAAUUGCAGCGUACCUUCGCAAAGUCGCUUGCUGAUACCUCGAGCGAGAUUCUCCGCAUCAGGGCUGCAAAGGCUCUUGGUACUUUGAUCACUCUCACUCCUCGUAUCGAUCCUCUCAUUGCUGAGUUGAUCACCGGCUCAAAGACAGCCGAUACUGGUGUGAGAAAUGCCAUGUUGAAGGCGUUGUACGAUGUUGUUGUCAAGUGCGGUUCUAGCAUGAACGAGGCUUCGCGAACUGGCAUCUUGAGUCUGAUCGACUCUGACACUGGCGACUCCGAUGAAACUUCUGCCAUUACCAACGCUCGUCUGUUGGGUGCCUUGAUCAAGGUCCUUCCAGAAGAGGUUGGCGGCGGACUGGUCAAGGCUCGUGUGCUUACUCCCAAUCCCACUUACCCUUCAGUUCUUGCCCUCAACUCCAUCUUGGCAGAGGCCCCCGAGUCGCUGACCGGAUCGUUCUCCGACGUCCUUCCUUCGACCAUUUGUCAGGGUGUUGGUAGCAGUCAGCCUGCCAUCGCAGACAAUUGCGUUCUCGCAGCCGGCAAGUACUUGCUCACACCCACAUCUGACAAGUCGUUCGAGCCAGUGAAACAGAUCAUGGAGGCUCUCGCCGCAGCAAUUGCGCCCGGCAAGCCUGUCGACACACGCCGUCUGGCAUUAGUCGUGUUGCGCACUAUUUCACGUGAGCAAAACGAUCUGAUCCGCCCCCACCUCGCUCUCCUCACUCCUGCCGUCUUCGGCAGCGUGCGCGACAUGGUCAUCCCUGUCAAGCUCGCCGCGGAAGCCGCCUUCCUCGCCAUGUUCAGUGUGGUCGAGGAAGAAGACGCCAUCUUUGCCAAAUACAUGGCUGGACCUGGUGCUGAGCUCGCAGCUGGUCCCAAGAGAAGUCUUCAAGACUACUUCAAGCGUAUUGCUACUAGAUUGGGUGCACAAGCUAGAGAGCGCAGAGAAGCCGAGGGUGGACAGGGAGGUCUGGGAUUGUCUAGUGAUGAGCAAGAGGACAUGAAGGAGGUUUGGAGUGUUGGAAAGGUGGACAUCGAGAGUGGCGCCUUCAAGGACGAGUAA